AUGGAACAGCAGCUUCAACAGCGGCUUCUGUUUCCGAGCCCGGAGCUUGACAGCGAGGUUGAGCCAGGGCCGACGGAGUACCUUCCUGUCCGUCCAAAGAAAAGACGGCUGGAUGGAGACGUGGCACCUCAUUCUGGGAAGCAUCAUAUGGUGGCCUUGCAGGCACAAUGCUCACCGCGUCAGUGGACAGCGUGUUCUCCACGAUGGAAGCAGCGGAGGAAUGAGGUGGAGCCGCCAGAGAAAGCGUGCAGCCGCGAGUUUGGAGCAGCUGGAACAGUAAACUCGGUAGGUGUCAAGGAUUUCUAUGACUUCAUGCGGCGGCGCGAGGGGUUGCGCCGUCGACGGGAGGUGCUACGGCUACCGCCCGAGCAUUGGACCAACGAUCACAUCAUGGCGCGAAUUCGGCUGACAAAUGUCAAGAGGGAGGAUGAUCGCACGACGCGCGUCAUGCGAAAGCUUUGCAACGCCUACGUUGACCAACACCCGGAGCUCAAAGAAUUGCGGAAGAUCCCACCGCAUUCCUGGGAUUUCAAUCUUCGCCUGUCGGCACGGUGUUUGGUCUUCAACUUUGCACUUUGGCGGGCCUUCGGCACAGACGCCUUUGCCGAGUCCAUCGGAUUCUUGACCCACAAGACGUGGAGCAAUGUCGAGCAGGAUGCUGUGGUCGAGGCCGCCAAGAGAAGGUGGAGCAUGGGCCUGUUCAACUACACCGAUGCAUAUGACCCCAGCCGCAGCCACCGCGCGGAGGAGCUCCAAGCGCGCACCCACGAGGGGCUCACGGCGGUCCAUCGCGUGUACAGCAGGACAUGCGCAAGCCUUGCAGGGCUUUGGCGGGCCUGUGAUGACAUCGCCGAACGGGCCGUCACCUCCAGCUCCUGGAGAAACGUGACACGGUGCGUCAUGAAAGUCCCCGGUUACGGUGGGACUGGCUUCCUAGCAAAGGAGUUGGUGCAGGACCUGCUUCACACGCCCCUCUUUGAGACUUGGAACUCCCAGCAGUCAAAGUGGGUGUGUGGCUGCACGGACCUCAACAGCUGGUGCGCGGUAGGUCCUGGUGCGCGUCGGGGUCUGAAUCGCUUGCAUGGCCGGCGAGUAAACUGGAAUGCUUACUGCGACGACGCUGAGAUUGCACAGCAGUUCUUUGUCGAGCUCUGUGCCGUCUUCCGUGAGCGGGACAAAUACUGGCACGGCAACUUGGAAGGGAGCCCCGUCUUUGAGCUCGAGCUGCAUGAUGUGCAGUUCCAGCUCUGUGAACUGGACAAGUACGAGCGAGAGAGGAAGCAACCAGGGCACGUGCGGGCGUACCAGCCGCCGAAGACCUGGGACAGCCAGACGGACGCCUCCGAGGCAGCGCGCGCGCCCCUGGAGGCAUGCAGGGCGCAAAGAGCGCCUGCUCCGCCGAAGCCCUCCGAGGCAAGGAGUUUGACCAGGGGGCGGCAGAAUGAAGUGGUGGAGGACCUGGAAGAAGAGAAGCAUGAGAAGCGCUUAAGUACUGCCCUCGACAUCUUCUUCGCUGAAGUCGACCGCAAUGUUGCCCAGCAAGCAGACGAAUUGGAGGAGAUCCCCUAA